AUGUCGUCUGUCAAGUGGUAAGCGAUAUUUUUAGAAGUUUUCGAUUUUUUAAAAUACCAUCUAGGUUAUCUUUGAAUUACACUAGCCCCAAGCCUUCAAAUAUUUUUUGUCUGAAAUCAAAUUUUUUCAUAUGAUAGAUAUGCGCUCAAAACUCAUAAAAUAGAAAAAAUUAACUUCAAAUCUCAAAGCUCGAAAAAUAAUCUUUGAAAAGCUUGUCUCGAUUUUGGGUUUUCAGCUUCAUCCUCCUUGCCCUCGUCGCCGUCUUGGCUGUCUUUCAGCCGGCUUCCGCUCAAUACGUAGGCUUACUUUCUCUUACUUUUUCUAGAAAAAACUCCGGAAAAGCUCAAGCCGUUCAAAACAACUCUGAAAGCUCAAAAAAGAAGUCAUCUCAGCAGUUCCUUUUUAGAGGGACUUAAGAAAGCGUGAAGAGUUAAAAACAAAUCUCUACCUAUUAUUAGAAUUUUCUACUACUUAUUCAUAUCUCUUCAGUGAAUUUGUGCCAAUGGGACUCUAAAAAGAUUCGUAAAACCUUCAAAUUCAGAUCUUGCAAAGAAAUUGGCACUCUCUGAACUUCGAAAAUUGAAAAUCAGCAUGAAAAAUAGCCCAAAACUUCUCAUUAAAACAUUUUUACUACAUCUUUGUAUCUCGCUAUUAAAUAUUAGUGAUUCUGAGCGAAUAAAGCCCCUAAAAACUUCUAAAAUUACCCAAGACUUGAAACUUCUAAACUACAUUGAUCACUGCGCCUUCUAAUCUUCACGAUUGCAAAAUUACCCUUCAACCCAUUUAUUGAACUUUAAAAAUUGUAGAUUUGCGCCUUCAGAAAACUUUAGUGGUUCACUCUCAUUAUUUUCACCUCAAAAAACCAUUUUGAACCUCUAUAAUUUCAAAACUACCCUUCAAAAACAACUUUAUCCCUUCAGUAUCUCCUCAUUUUAGCUCAAAAAACCGUCUCAAAACCCAAAUUACAGUACGCCGGAGCUUCUGCCUACUACCCGGGAUACAGCAGCUACUACGGUGGCUACUAUCCCGGCUACUCCGGCCUCUACCCGUCCGCCUACGGUAGCUACGGAGCUUACGGUACCUACGGCUCGGUCAUCGUCAAGAGAUCCGUCUAA